UCUGCUGUGGAGGUUGUAAUAUACCGUGCUUCAUCCACUCGGUGGAAUGCAUCAUCAAAGGAUGUAGACUCCGGCCUGCUCGCGUCCGUCUUCAUAUAUCAUGAUGAACAUUUUCUCCGUUUAUGAAUGGGACUCUUUGCCGAUUUAGGCUCAAGUCAACGAUAUUUACAUUUGGAAAUGCCAUCCUUACAUGUUUUAUGGAACCGACAGCGCGAACCCUGCUUGCGUUAUAGCAAAUUAUCCACGGACUUAUGCAUACGUUUGCUACAAGUUGAAAAUGUAUAGAUUUUAAUGUUAGUUUUUGUUUAAAAAGGACGAUAAAACAGGAGUUUAUUUGGUUGGGAGGAGCGAGGCGCUGUCUACUUUUCGACUUCCACGACUAAAUCGGGGUGGAUUUUAGAUGGAGCUGGAGAAUAUUGUAGCUAACACGGUACUGCUAAAAGCCCGAGAGGGUGGAGGAGGAAAGCGCAAAGGGAGGAGUAAGAAGUGGAGGGAGAUCCUGCGUUUCCCUCACAUCAGCCAAUGUGUGGAGUUGAGCAAAAGCAUCGAGAGGGACUACUCCAGCCUGUGUGAGAAACAGCCCAUAGGGAGAUUGCUCUUCCGCCUCUACUGUGAGACACGCCCCGAGCUGCUACGAUGCAUCCACUUACUGGACGCAAUGGAAGACUACGAAGUGACGCCGGAUGAGAAACGAAAGAGCAGAGGAGAUCAGAUCAUUAAGAAGUUUCUCACCAAGGAGUCUCCCGAGUGUGUGGCAGUCGUAGAGAGUCUGGCAGAACAGUGCAGACAGAACCUAGAGCUGAGCCCCUGCAAAGAGAUCUUCAGCGACUGCCGCAAGGCCUUGCACGACCACCUGAGCGGAGCUUCGUUCUCAGACUACCAGAACAGCAUGUACUUCGACCGCUUUCUGCAGUGGAAGAUGCUGGAAAGACAGCCGAUAACUAAAGACACGUUUCGGCAGUACCGUGUGCUGGGGAAAGGAGGUUUUGGCGAGGUAUGUGCGUGUCAAGUGCGAGCCACAGGGAAGAUGUACGCCUGUAAGAAGCUGGAGAAGAAACGAAUUAAGAAGAGAAAGGGUGAAUCCAUGGCCCUCAAUGAGAAACAGAUUUUAGAGAAGGUCAACAGCAGAUUCGUGGUCAGUUUAGCGUACGCUUACGAAACCAAAGAUGCCCUGUGUCUGGUCUUGACCAUCAUGAACGGGGGUGAUCUGAAAUUCCAUAUCUAUAACAUGGGAACGCCUGGCUUCGAGAAGGAACGCGUACAGUUCUACGCGGCCGAGAUCUGCUGCGGCCUGGAACAUCUGCACCGGGAAUCCAUCGUCUACAGGGAUUUAAAACCAGAAAACAUACUCUUGGAUGAUAAUGGGCAUAUCCGGAUCUCUGACUUGGGGCUGGCCAUCAAAGUGCCUGACGGGGAACCGAUCCGUGGCCGCGUGGGCACAGUGGGAUACAUGGCUCCAGAGGUGAUCAAUAAUGAGCGAUACACCAUGAGUCCUGAUUGGUGGGGCUUGGGUUGUCUCAUUUACGAGAUGACCGCGGGCCGAUCGCCCUUCCGCGCCCGGAAAGAACGAGUGAAGAGAGAGGAGGUGGAGAAGAGAGUGCAGGAAGAGGAGGAAGAAUACAACGACAAGUUUACAGAAGACACCAAAGCCAUCUGCAGGAUGCUGUUGACCAAAGACCCCAAGCAGAGGUUAGGGUGCGGUUCGGACGGUGCUGCUGAGGUCAAAGCCCACCCCUUUUUUAAGACGAUCAACUUUAAGAGGCUGGAGGCAGGCAUGCUGGAGCCUUCCUUCGUGCCUGACCCUAGGGCAGUGUACUGUAAGGAUGUUCUGGACAUUGAGCAGUUCUCCACUGUUAAGGGUGUCAACCUGGACCAAACAGACAAUGACUUCUACUCCAAGUUCGCCACCGGCAGCGUGCCCAUCCCCUGGCAGAAUGAGAUGAUUGAGACAGAAUGCUUCAGCGACUUAAACGUGUUUGGACCUCACGGGACCCGACCCCCUGACCUUGACUGGAACCAACCUCCUGAACCUCCACGUCGAAGUCUGCUGGACAGGAUCUUUAGGAGACAUGUGAGAAGCCCCUCCUUACUGGAACACAGCAAAGAACACUCAACAAAGCAUCCAGAAGUGUCCAUCGCUCACAGCCGAGUCUCGUCUUCCAGUGUGAACUCUGUGGACUCAAUGUCAAACUCUGCCCCCUAGUGGAUGGAGGCCUGAGAGGACGAGAGAACGACAGAGAGAGAGAGAGAGAGAGAGA